AGCCUGAAACAAAAACCAUAAAAAAAUCUCCUUUUUGAACCCUAAAACCCUUUUUUUAAACCUCAUUUCAACCGCCCAAUCCCACUAUGAAUGAUAAAAAAAGAUUUGCCUUUUCCAGCUCGGCUGUUGAUGCCAACGAUUCUGCUUUCCGUAAUAAAAGAAUAAUGGCAGAAUCUCCUUUUGAUGCUCAAAGGGAAGAACCAUCUCAACAGCAGCCAAAUGCAACACCACCACUAGACCCACAGCAAGCUGGGUUGUCUCGGCAGCAUGUCAAAGCUCUCAAUACCCAAUUUGCAAGUUGGGUACAAUCACAACUGAAGAAUCACCCUGAUGAGCUUUGGCAAGAUGGUGUUAGUGAUUACUUAUGUCAUGCUUCAAACAUUAUGGAGAAGUUCAGUGACGUUGUGGAUUGGCUCAAAGCCAAUGCAGUAAAUGUGAACAACUUGUCUGCUGCUGAAACCCAUAAAAAUGACAGUAAAAUGGCGCCCGAAACCAAGAAUCCGGAGAAUAUUUUUUUUCAAGGAAAAACUGGAUUUACUCCAACCAGCACUACAGGCUUUGUUCCAGGCUCUACAACCACGAGCUUUUCUGCAGGCACUACAACCAUGAGCUUUUCUCCAGGAUCUACGGCUGGGACCUUUUCUCUGGACACUACAACUACACGCUCAACUCCAGCUGAUAUGACUAAAAAAAUUCUUCCAGAGGGAACAACUACUAGCUUUACCUCUUCUAGUUCAACUACAAGUUUGACUUCAGCUGGUCUGACAACAAGCUCAAUGGCAGCUGGUUCAAAAUCAAGCUUUACAUUUGGCCUUGCAACUGCAAGUUUUGCUUCCUCCAGUACAACAAGUAGCUUCACUUCAUCUAAUAUGACUGCGAGCUUUGCAUCUCCUUGGAGCUCUGGAGUAUUCUCUAAUAGUCAGUCUCCUUUCUUGUUUGGAACUCAGACCUCAGUUUCUGUGGACAACAAUGCAGCCGAUGACGCAGAUGAUGAUAAUGAGUUGCCAAAACCUAGCAGUCCAUCAGUGAAGAAAUCGGAAGAGAAGGGUGUUGUUGUUGUUCAUGAAGUCAAAUGCAAGCUAUAUGUCAAGUCAACUGAUCCAGCAGAUAAAGAUUCAUGGAAAGAUAAAGGCACAGGAAAGCUCUCCAUUAAAUGCAAAGAGGGUAUCAGCAAGGGUUCAAAAGAUUCCAAACCGACAAUUGUUGUACGAAAUGAUGUGGGAAAGGUGUUACUGAAUGCUUUGCUAUAUCAUGGGAUCAAGACAAGUUCACAAAAGAAUUCCCUUGUCGCAAUAUUUCAUACUUCGGAUGAAGGUGGCAAUAACGAAGAUGUCGUGGCACGGACCUUCUUAAUUAGAACAAAAUCAGAGGAUGACCGAAACAAACUGGCAACAGCAAUCCAAGAGUAUUCUCCCGCAUCGUAAAUUGUAUGUGCCAUCAUCCUAUUCGUGUAACCUUGAAUGAGAGUAUAAUUUUACCUGGAUUAUGUUAGUCCUUUACAUUUUUCCAGGGUCGGCUUCUUAGUGAUUGGACCAGCUUGUUCUAGUGGCUCCAAAAGGAAUGGGGCCUAUAUCAUAGAUGGAUUUCAUUAGAUUGUUAUAUGUUCACAGCAUUUGCACCAUUAACGGAGAUUACAGGGAUUAUUUAUCCCCA